UUCACUUUUGUUCCAGAAAACCUUAUGAACAAUUCAAGAAACGAAACAACGCUUCUUUCAUUUUCAUUUUUCGAACGAGUUUUACCGCAUCGACAUGUGUCGACUCCUAUCCACGCUCGAUCUGACCCUCGAAUGGAGUUAAAAAAGUUAAUUAAUCCGUUGGAUCUUUCUGUUGCGAGUACUUUAACUGCUGAUGAAACUCCACUGGAUUUAUCGAUUGGACCUCACACACGCGCUGAUUCCACCAAAGUAAUCGACCUAGCACUCCCUCGAAAAUCAGAGGAAACCAAGAAGGAAACGAUGUCACCAGUCAUCCCACUGAAUUUACGUACCGCAAACUUUAACCAACAUGAUAGGCAAACCGAGUCUCUCGGACUUGAUAACUUGCAUGAUACAUUUUGGCGAACAUCCGUCCAAAAGCGUGCUGUUAUUCUUCAUGCUAAUGCUUAUACAAACCCGAAAGUUAACCUGGAUAAUACCGGUAAAGGUGAGGCAUCACCAUCAAUAUCUCUGACCGCCGAUCAGCAUCGCAAUGAUUCCGUCGGUGCCCAUCAUGCUGAUCUCCUCCAGGAUCCAGAAGAUGAACCAAAUGAGCAGGAAGGUGAUCCAACGCUUUUGAACGAACUGUCCAUCUACGAAUAUUUUGAAGAAUAUCAGAAUAUAGACAGUGAUCACUCUUCUGAUGAUUCCGAUGCUGGAUUCGUUGAAGAUUCUCGACGAAAUCACCAAUUGCCAGUCGCAGGGCAUAGUCAAAUUGAACAGGACACUAAAUCUGCGUUCAACGUUUCCGGUGCCGAAGCAUUGGAAUUAGAGUUUCAAGAGCGGCAGGAGAAAAAAGCAAACAUCCGGAAGUACAACAAAACUCAAAAGGAAAAAGCGACAUGUCCGCAGCAAGCAGCCAUUCAACGCCGAUUGCCGAUGGGCAGCUAA